CUCAUUCCCUCCUCUCUCUCUCUCUCUCUAUCUCUCUCUCUCUCUUCAACACAGUAACGAACUCUCCAGUCUCCACCACGCGUGCGAGGAAGCACAGUUGAACUCAAGCAAGACGAAGUCGUUGUCGCUGGCCGCUGGCCGCUGGGGGAGUAGAUGACGUCGCCAUCGGAGCAACCACUGUCGGAGAAGACUUCGAGCUCGCCGCCGGCAGCGGCAACACCGCGAGAAAAUGCGGUCGACGCCGGUUAGGCCUUGAGCUCGCCGGUGGCAGCGGCGCCACAACAAGGAACAACCGUUAUCAAAGAGGACCCGAGCUCGGCGGCGGCGGUGGCGUCAACGUCACAAGGAGAUACCGCUAGCGCCGGUUAGGGCCCAGAGCUCGGCGGCGGCGGCACUUGGAGGGAGCGGGUUGAAGCUUGAGGCGCCGUUGAUGGAGAUGGCUGUGAGCUCGCCGACGAAUUAAGGUGAGGAUGGUGGGAGCAUCGAGCUAGCAAGGAUUUGUUCCAUGCUAGUUUCUUUAUGUUGCACACAAGUGUUUCUUGAUGUUGCAUUUUGGUAUUCCUUGAUGUUGCAAUUCAUAUUUCUGGAUGUUGCAUUUGGUACUUGAUGUUGCAGGUGAUUUCUUUAGAUGUUGCAUAUGUUUUUGCUCUUGAAGUCUGUGUUUUUUAGUGUUUCAUCCGACUGAAACAUUUUCAGUAAAAUAAUGAAACAUUCUUUCAUAAAGGAUGGAACAUCAAAGAAACAACUCACGUUGGAACAUUUUUUCUGGAACGGGGAAACAUUUGCAACAACUUAUGGUGAAACAUUUUAUUUGGAACAGUGAAACAUUGCAACAUCUCUUUUAACAUCUAGUGAAACAUUGCAACAUCUCUUUAAUAUAUAGUGGAACACCGUCCAGAGAUUUGUAAAACUCCGGACGUCCGAUGUGUAGUCAUCUCCUUUUAUGCCAUCUGCAAAACAAGCCCGGCACUAACAAAACCACGCCUUGUUUCUAUUUUUUAAGAUAAUGGAAAUAGAUUACAUCUUCGGCUUUUAUCCUAAAACACACAGCUAUAAGUUUAAUAGUAAUAAAAAAAAGUUAAGAUAAAAGUAAAUCAAAAUAAGAAAUAAGGUGAUCGGACAAAUCUCAUGCUCCUCUUUAUUAUUUCUUUAUUAUUAACUAGCGUUAAACCAUAUAGUUUUUUUUCUAGCAAUUCUAAUGGAACUACGUCACUCAUAGUGAAAAUAUAAUGGAAGGGAUGGUGAUUUUACAUGAGACUUCAUGAGUUGCACAAGAAAAAUAUGGAUGGGGUUAUUUUCAAAAUUGGUUGUACACAUUCAUUCGUGGCGAUCAAUCUUGCCACGAUCGAGGAUUACUACGACUCUCUGUGCUAUCACUUUAUGUCACCAUCUAAACUCAACAGUAAACCAGAGCAUGUGGCUACCAUCCAUCCCCCGACCCAUCAUACAGGUACAGCCGUAUAGCAACCUCUUCACCUCUGUUUCUUGCACAUGCGCAAUUCCGCCGUUUUUUCUUGCACUAGAACCUGCACUGCGUGUAAGAGCUCUCCUACACGAUGGGACCAGGAAGCAACAACUCCUUCCCGGCCGAGAAAAGGGUUGCAGUGGUGACAGGAGGGAACAAAGGACUUGGGCUCGAGAUAUGCAAGCAGCUGGCUGCCAAUGGAGUCACCGUCGUCUUGACAGCGAGGAGCGAGGAGAGGGGCGCCGGAGCAGCGGCCGCGCUUCGUCAGCUCGGGCUAUCGGAGGUCCUGUUCCAUCAGUUUGAUGUGUCUGAGCCUUCCAGCGCCGCUGGCUUGGCUGAUUUUAUAAAGCACAAGUUUGGCAAGCUUGACAUAUUGGUCAACAAUGCAGGAAUUUUGGGGGUUACAUUUGAUUUUGGCAACUUAGAUCUUAAUAAAGCGAUUGAGGGCAAGAGUGCAAACGAGACGCUGGAAUGGUUGAUGCAACACACCGUGGAGACUGCCGAGAAUGCAGAAGAAUGCUUGAAAAUAAACUAUCACGGCAACAAAAAAACCAUACAAGCACUCCUUCCUCUCCUCCAAUCAUCACCUGAUGGAAGAAUUGUAACUGUUUCCUCUGUUUUUGGACAACUAUCGUUUUUCAGUGGGGAGAAACUCAAAGAGGAGCUCAACGAUUUCAGCAAGCUAAGCGAGGAGAGGAUAGACGAGCUGGCAGAGCUGUUCGUCAGGGACUUCAAGGACGGAGAGCUGGAGUCCCGGGGAUGGCCAGCCAGAGCCGACGCGUUCGCGGCCUACAAGACGUCCAAGGCGCUGCAGCACGCUUACACGAGGGUCCUCGCGAGGAAGCACGCCUCCUCCUCCUCCUCGCCGUUGCGCGUCAACUGCGUGCAUCCUGGGUACGUCAAGACGGACAUGACCCUCGGCACCGGGGAGCUGACGGUGGAGGAAGGCGCGGCUGGCCCUGUCGCACUGGCCCUGUCGCCGCCGGGAGGCGCCACGGGCGUGUUCUUCAUCCAAACCGAACCAGCGUCCUUCGUCUGAGCGUGAUUCCUCCGGAAAAUCAGACGCAGCUUGUUUCUCAUAUCUAGGGGUGGGCAUUCGGUCUAAUCGAGAAAUUCGGUUCGGUUCCUCGGUCUUCUGAAAAAUUCGGUCUUCCCAACCACAAGACCGAUCGGUCUUAAAAAAACUCAAGACCGAGCAUUUCGAUCUUCGGUUAGUUCGGUUCGGUCUCGGUCAUAGACCGAACUAGCCAUAGCAGCAGUUUAAACAGCAAAAAGAAUUAAUAAAAAAAAACUCCAUACAA